AUGUACACGGGUGCACAGGACGUCUUUGGAAGUACUGCAUCUCCGUGUGGUCCGCAUGUGCUGCCAGAACGUACAGGCACGCCCGUGCAUACACCGCCGAGCAACACGACUCGGUGUGCCUCUCCGUGGCGCCUUCCAAGCUCGCUCAGCAAGCGGGAGAGCAUGAUACAGCGUGCAGAGGAGCUCAUGGAGCUUGGGUCUCCGGCACGGCGCUCACCGGUGCGGGAACUUGGCACCGUGUCCCCACAUACCAAGUCCACGCGUCCCUUGCCAAGAAUUCCACAACCUCUCGACGAGAUUGCGCGCGGCGCGAAUGUAGAGACGCCGCCUCGGUGGGAUAUGCCCACAAAGCAUGACGAUGGGAAGAUGUGGCAUCCUGUGCACACAGAAACCCCGCGGCGGCGCCCGCUGCCUGUGUCGCCGUCUCACAAUGCUGACGCUAGCUCGCCGCGCCGCCGUCCAUUGCCCGCCGUGCACAAGCAAAGGCUGCAGCACACCGUUGAUGUUCCAUCCACGCCCCCGCCCUUUUAUCAAGGAGCGCCUGCCGCUGCGAAAAAGGCGCUGCCUGGCGGCGUGCCGCCCAGGACGCCGUCUCCGCACGGCGUCCGUUCCAUGCCUGGCCCCAGCUCGCCGAGCCGCUCACAAGUGCUGCGCACGCCUUCGCCCACUCACAUACCAAUGCUUGUGCGCACGCCCUCGCCGAGGCCGCAAGUACGCACCUAUACCAUGACGCCUGCGGUCCCUGGCGGCCCGCCUGUCCCACUGCUAAUGGUCGACGACGAGAUUAUGACCGAAGCCAUGAUGGAUCCAGGCGCCGAAGACGAUGCCACGGUCUCCUUCGACGAUAGCAGCCCGGUUCCACAGCACGCGUCGAGCACGCCCACGUCGAGGUCUACCGAUGUAUUUGACAACGUCGAAGGCCUUUGCGGCGUCGAUGCGCGAUGCCGUGCGUGCGACCGAUGGAUUGCUGGCUAUACGGUGCAUGCGAUGGGCGAUACUUGGCACGCGCCCUGCUUUGUAUGUGCUCAUUGCGAGACGCCGCUGGAGCACGUCAGCUUUUACGAGCACCAAGGGCGCCCGUACUGCCACCUCGACUUUCACGAGCUCUUCUCCCGGCGCUGUUUCCAUUGCAAGACGCCGAUCGUAGACGAGCGCUUUGUCACGAUCGACGACGCGCAUUUGGGUCAGCGCUCCUACCACGAACUUCACUUUUUCUGCGCGGGCUGUGGCGAUCCCUUCCUCGAUCCAAAAGAUACGCCCGCCGAUGCACACGACACGAGUUUUGCGUCUUUGGAGGAGGGACAGAUUCGGCACAGCGGCAAGCCGUUCUUUGUCCAAGGCGCGCAUCCCUACUGCGAAGCGUGCCAUACACGGCUGCACCGACCAAAAUGCAAGGCAUGCCGCCGACCUGUGGAGCACGACGCGGUGCGUGCGUUGCGUGCGGACUGGCAUCCGACAUGUUUUGCCUCUGUCUUCCUCGGCCCCGACGGCUCCCCGCUGGAUCUAGACUGUUACCAGGCCUGGCAGCGGCACAAGGCGUAG